UAGAAAAGUAGAAAAUUCCAGUUCGAGAAAGAUCUCCAAAACCCUAUCUGGUGAACCUUAACUCUUUCUUUUUGUUUUUGGUGAAUCUUAUCUCUGUUUCUAUUUUGUCUUUCGUCCCUGUGAAUUAGGCAUAGCUGUGGUUACGUAUCUGUCUAUGAUCUCGGCUAUUCAAUGAAAGAAGAGAUUGUCAUCAAAGGCGAUGAGAAGAGCAAGAGGAGGAAAAAUGAGAAGAAGACAAAGAAGAGACGAUUUCGUGGCGCCAGAGAUUCCUUUUGAUCUCAUGAUCCAUAUCCUGGGGAGAUUGCCUGCUAAAUCGCUUAUGAGGUUCAGGUGUGUCUCAAAGCUUUGGUCUGGUCUGAUCCGUUCCAGAUAUUUUACCAACCUUUAUCUCACGGUUGCAUCAUCUCGAUUGCUACCACGACCACUUGGUCUAUACAUGAGUUUGGUGGAAAACAACUCUAAUGAUUAUUUGGAACUCUGGGAAUAUCCUAGAAAGCAUCAACUGCUAUCAUUAAGGUUAUCUUCGUCUAUUAAUAGUUCUGAAUCAUCUUUAAAACCUGAAUUGACUUUCCCAGGGAUGGGAGGACACAAGAUGGUGGUUCUUCGAGGUUUGAUUCUAUAUUCUCUUUGCAGAAAAGCAUGUAUCUAUAAUCCUACAACUAGACAAGAUGUAAUCUUACCCGCCAUCAAAUCCAAAAUCCUUGACCAAAGAGAACCUAAGUACGUCCACUACUUUUUUGGACAUGACCCUGUUCAUGAUCAUUACAAAAUUGUCUGCACUAUUGUGAUACACCCUCGAGAUCGUGGGAAGAUAACCUCUGAGCAUUGGGUCUUCUUAUUGGAACCCGGAGGUUUUUGGAAAAAGGUUGAGUAUGAUGAUCAACCUCACAUGCCUACAAGAGAAGGAUUCUGCAUCAACGGAGUUAUAUAUUAUCUAGCUUUCACUCAUACAUGUCGCGAUAACGUGUACUGUUUUGACGUUAGGUCUGAAGAGUUCAGUAAGAUCCAAGCACCCCUUGAAGUCUCUGAGUUUGGUCAGUCAGUGGGUUUUAUAGAGCAUGGUGGAAAACCUGCACUCCUUGAUUAUACACAUAUUGGAGAAACUGGUGUGUCGGAGUUGUGGGUAUUGGAGGUGGAUGGUGGAACAUGGUUGAGGAAGUCUCUGGUUUUGAAGCCUUGUCAGAGACAUUUAGUAGAUGACAUUGACAUUUUGGAUUUGAGUGUCCAUGGUACGGGUCAGAACGAUGAGGUUAUCUUGGCGUUGUGUUGGCCUUGUUACCUUCUCUGUUACGAUCUGAUAAAAAAUGAUUUGAGAAAGGUUAUUAUCAACAGAGAAAUAACACCGGACCAGCAUUUGUUCGUGUAUGUUAAGGUUAUGGAUAAGUGUGAAAACAUCAUGCACUUAGAACUAUAAGAUUAUUAUUAUCAAAUAUGUUUGACUAGUGUUGUACUCCCUCCGUUCCAUAAUAUAAGAUGUUCUAGAG